ACAACCCACGCAUUGCCCAUUUCUUCUUCUUGUUCAUCAUCCGCCCUUAUUACUGGCACUACAACCAUCGCAACGCAAUUUUAGGUCCCCGCAGUUGAUCUUCACAGCAAGCGAGCAGCAUGGAGUGCAUCUUCGGACUAGUCGGUGAUGGGUUCGCCCUCUUGGUGGCGGACACGUCACAGGUGCAGAGCAUCGUGGUGCAGAAGACAAACGAGGACAAGAUCAUGAUCCUCGAUUCCCACAAGCUGCUCGGCGUCACUGGUGAGAGCGGGGACAGAGUUCAGUUUUCGGAAUAUAUCCAGAAAAACAUUUUGUUGUACCAGUACCGGAAUGGGAUUCCUCUUUCAACUGCUGCUGCCGCGAACUUCACUCGGGGAGAGCUUGCCACCGCUCUUCGAAAGAGCCCAUAUCAAGUGAAUAUGAUGAUAGCUGGGUGGGAGAAGGACCAGGGACCAUCACUUUACUACUUGGACUACAUCUCGACCCUUCAUAAGCUUGAGAAAGGUGGAAUGGGUUAUGGUGCCUACUUUCUGCUUUCGCUUAUGGACCGUUACUAUGAGAAGAACAUGUCACUAGAGAAAGCCUUGGAACUAGUGGAUAAAUGUAUCAAAGAAGUGAGAAGCAGGUUGGUGGCCUCACCACCGAACUUUAUUGUUAAGAUUGUCGAUAAAGAUGGUGCCCGGGAGCUUGCGUGGAGGAGAACCGUGGAAGACCAACAGGGACCUCCCUCUUCCUCAGCUCCCGAAGCAUCCCCCAUGUCUGAAGAUGUAUCUGUUCAAGCCUAGGAAAUUCAUAGGUAGUGACUGAAUGCUUAGGUGAUGGCAAAUUAUGAAUUGCUCUCCUUGCUAUUUUUUGUCACCGUACAGACAGGUAUUUGGAUGGGUUCAAUACUUGGUACGUUUCUUCUGAGACAGUUCCCGUGUUAUUAUCCCCAUGUUAACACUCACAGCAAUUGCUUUGUGUAUAAAGAUUCUGUUUUGUCUUGGCCUUUGUGAAGGGGCUAGUGCAUUCAA